AUGAAGAGAUUUCAAGAUGGACCCCAUGGGCAUGAGAACCUUGGGAUUGAAUUGACCGAUGGAGUCUCCAGUCAGUCAGUGAGGUCCAUCAUUGGUUCUCCAGCUUCAGUUGCAUCAGUUAGAGAUGUGGGCUGGUCAGUCGCACACCUGGCGUUCUAUGCAAGAGGCCGCUGGAAACACGUCACCCGCAAGUGUGUGAGGAAAAAACCUACAGAGGAAAGUACAAACAACAAAUACAAGGGUCUGGCCUUGGAUGAAGAUGCCGUGGAUGGACGCAACAACAAAAACCAGCUCGAUAAAAGACUGCUGGAUCACUUUCGAGCUCUGGCGACCAGCAACAAAGACACAGAUGAGGUGGACCUUCAGUUUCUGAAUGAUGUCCUUACGCAUGGUGCCAACCCCAACACAACAGAUAAAUACGGCCAAACAGCCCUGCACGAGAUAUCCCGGGCGUGGAAUGUGGACGUGAUGCGUUUUUUCUUAGACAGAGGGGCUGAUUUUCAAAGAGCCGAUGGUUUUGGAGUCACACCCCUUCACGUAGCUGCAGCUCUGGACUAUGAAGAGAUGACACAGUUUCUGUUAGAAAGAGGAGGUGUGCUUAUGUCUCGCACACAGAAAGGCAAGCACACCCCGCUGCACUUUGCAGCUAAGAAUGAUGCUGUUGGGUCAGUUGGAUUGUUGCUUCAGAAUGGGGCUGACAUCGCCGUACAAGACUAUAAAGGGAGAACGCCGCUACAGCUGGCUGCUAACUUCGAUCGAAGCGAGGCGGCGCGUUUGCUGCUGGGGUUUGGAGCUGAUGCUGGGGUGCAGGAUUCUGAAGGCCAGCUCUGCAUCACUGCCAUGAUUGCUAAAAUGAGCCCUGUGGCUGAUCUGGCGAUGAGUCAGUUCCAUGUGAAAGACCAAAUGACCCGAAAGCAGUUCUAUUACCUUCAUCUCAUAGAGCCACAGACAGUCAACAAGGACGACACUAAAGCUUCUGAUCCAUCUUCACCGCUGGAGUUGAUUGUGAAUCAGGGUAAACUGGAUCUCAUCAUGCACCCUGUGGUGCUCAAACUCAUCACUGUCAAAUGGAACUUGUAUGGCAGAAUGGGUGCCUGGAUACUCUUACUCCUCAACUUCCUAUUUAUUGUGUCCUGGACGACAGUCGCCAUAUCUGUGUCUGGAAGUCAUGAGGAAGGAGAUCGCUAUGUUCUCCCUCAGGACUGGUGGCGUGUGUUGUUGGUGGUUUUGGCACUGGUGUUGACGGUGACUGAGGUGUACAGGGAAGUGAUGGAGAUUGUGCGGUCACACAGAAAACUCAAGCACUGGCAGCGCUGGGCUGUGCAGAAAGUCAAUGAGGAUCUGAGCUGCUCUCACCCAAUGUGGCCUGAGGAACGCAUUUACCUAGAAGGACAAAUUAAGUUCAUCCGAAACCUGAAAGGAACCUACUCUCAGGACCCAUGGAAUAUCUUUGACUGGCUUGUGUACGUGCUGUUACUUUCAGUCCUGGGCAUCCACUUUGCAGAUGUAUUUCUGAUGUCCAACUCGCUUCGACAGAACAGUCUUCGGCUGUUUGCAGUGUCCAUUAUUUUCCUUUGGUUGCGGCUGAUGAAGCAGGUCCGAGCCUUUAGGGCUAUGGGUCCCUUCAUCGUCAUGUUAGGAAAGAUUGCAGGAGAUGUGCUGCGAUUCCUCUUUCUGUAUAUAGAGAUCUACAUCCCAUAUGCUUGUGCUUUCUGGAUCAUAUUUGGAGGCUUAUCUAAGGUGCCGAGCAUGGAGACGGUUCCUCAGCUUCUCUACAGCCUGUAUCGCAUCACUCUGGUGGAUGAAUAUGAGUUUGAUGCCAUGUUGGGUGUAGACGCAAUAAUGGCUUACCUACUGUGCGGAUCAUUUCUGGCCCUGUCGGCUAUUCUGUGCGUCAAUCUGCUGAUUGCUCUCCUUUCUGACACCUUUCAAAGGGUGUAUGACAACGCAUUGGCCAAUGCCGUGAUGCAACAAGCAGCUAUCAUAUUGCAGAUAGAGGAAUCCAUGCCUUGUCUGAGGCGUUGCUAUGACAACGAGUACAUCCACCGCCAUUGUGCACCGCUCGGAGAAUACUACGACGAUGAUGUCACCACUGACCCAGAUCACCAUGCUGACAUGAAGAACCUUACAGAACAGAUCAAGGAUACACUAGCUGAAUAUCUGAACAUCCAAAAAAAGACAAUAGCUCCUCAGUUAGCCUCUGAAGAUGCCAGAGAAGCAACAAGAGGGAGAGGAGCCACACCUCUAGAGGAGGAAGAACACCUUAAAACUCUUCACAGACUUGAGAAGGAGCAGCAGAAGCACAGGCAGGACCUGAGCGAGCUGAAGUCUGACGUGAAGGAGCUUCACAGUUUGUUGCUUCAGCUGAUACAGAACCAGUCAAAGUCAUCUCCUGGUGAUGACACGCAGCCUGCAGUUGACACUAGAAAAACCUCUGAAAUUGGAACUACAGAUGUCAAUAAUGAAUCUGGGCCAUAUUAGGAGCAAGCCCCACAAAAUGAUUCUACGUGACUUAAUGUUGAUUGUUGUGCACAUGUGGCAACACAAACAACACAAAUCCGAGUGUUCUGACAAUGCCAAAGCUGUCAUGUAGCAUUUUGUUUACAGAAAACAAAUUCUUAAACAAGUUUACAACUAUUAUAAUUUAAUAAGUGUAGAUAACUACUAUUUUUGUUAUAUAUAUGUAUUUUUGUCAAGUUAUGUAUAAUGAAAUAUUGGGGAUUAUAAUUUUGGUCGUUGCCUUACCCGAAGUUAUUUAUGACUCCAAAGUUGUUUUGACUAAUUUUAUAAAUAAUUUACCUUUUUGUUUCAUGGAGAAACAAAAGAUCAAUUUAACCUGAGUUAACGUGCCUCAAAAACUAGUCUGUAAAUUAUUAAGAUUUUGUUGAAACGCCUGUAUGGUGUUUUUUUGUUGUUGUUGCAAAGUUGAUUGAA